AUGGCCAUGGCGGCGCUGCGUGAGGCCUCCCGCCGCCUGGCCUCCACCUCCACGAGGAGCCCUGCCGGCGCCACCACGCGCCCGCUGCUCCUCACGCACUCUCGCGGUAUCACACACAAGCUCUUCAUCGGAGGCUUGUCACAAUUUGCAACGGAAGACAGCCUAGCAGAAGCUUUCACGCGUUAUGGCCAAGUAUUAGAAGCAACCAUUGUCACGGAUAAGAUGACCAGCCGAUCAAAAGGAUUCGGCUUUGUGAAAUUUGCCUCCGAGGAAGAGGCCAAUAAAGCACGGGAAGAGAUGAACAGCAAGGUACUUAAUGGGCGAGUUAUAUAUGUCGACAUUGCAAAGGCUAAACAGGGCCGUGCCGCAGACGUAGUUCCAAUAGCAAGAGGCCCUCCUAAGCCAGUCGGCAACACCUGA